AUGUGGAAUUCGAAAGUAGGAGAAGACGAUGAUAUUCGGCACAAUGAAUAUCUGGAAGAAUUCGUUCCAGACUCUGAAGUGGAAUGUGUGAAGACGGUUGAUCAUCUAGCAACGCAGUGCGGAAAAAUGUUAAAUCACGAUUAUACUAUAGAAGACACAAUGAAUUCCUGCUAUUGUAAUCAUUUAGGACUUUGCAAAAAGUAUGGUCUAAUAGCACUUCCACCCAUGCUGGGUUCAGGAGAGGCAUAUAUCCAAUCGACAGUGCUCAAGAAGACGCUAGAAAUCAUCCCAUUCGAUGACGGCUAUGGAUACCAUGAGGAUAAAGCAAACAUGAUAAGCAGAACAAAUAUGAGUGCAGUACAAGUACAGCAAGAGUGCCGGAAUGCGACCCAGCGCCAGAAUCGAUAA